AUGUACUCCAUCACCAAGACCAUCAUCACUCUCGGCGCCCUCGUCGCCCCAUCUCUCGCCUUCUCUGGCGAGAUGACCUGGUACCAGCCCGGACUCGGUGCUUGCGGUCAGACCAACACCGCCAGUGACGCUGUCGUCGCUAUGUCAUCCCCAGACCAGGAUGGACACUGCGGCCAGACCGUCAGCAUCAGCUACGGUGGCAAGACCGUUACUGCUACAGUUGUGGACAAAUGCCCCGGCUGCUCUGCCACUAGCAUCGACGCCUCCCCUGCCGUCUUCCAGCAGCUUGCUUCCCUCGAUGCCGGACGCGUCCAGAUCACCUGGGAAUACGCUUAGAUUGGAGCAUAGAUGGAAUCACUCGUUCAUCCAUUCAUCUAUUCAUGUAUAAAGCUUCACUCUCGUUAUCAACUCGUUAGACUUUAUCAC